UAUAAAAUAUAGUAUGCAACUAAAUCGUUUUGUUUUUCAUCUAUUGGGUAUCUGGCCGUGCAUGGAGACCGAGCCAUCGUUUUUCGAAAAUCUCUGCAGGAUCUUGCUCAUCCUGAGUUGCUAUUUACUCCUCGGUUGUGAGUUAAUUCCGACAAUCUUGUACGUAAUUCUCAUCGAAAAACGUACACGCGUCAGACUGAAACUUAUAUCGUCCGUGAUGUUCACGAUAUUAGCAGUGCUCAAGUACAGCAGUCUGGUGUUUGGUCAGAAUCAAAUGAGAAAUUGCUUGAUGUAUGUCAGGGACGAUUGGCAAAAUGUCGCAAAUUCAAGCGCUCGUGACUCUAUGAUUUACAGAACUAGGACCGCGAGACGUUUGCUCCUCUUAUGUGGUAUAUUUAUGUAUUCUUCCGGCUUGUACUUCCGAACGGUAGUGCCAUUGAGCAAGGGAAAAUCCAUUAACCAUCAAAAUAUUACGAUCAGGCACUUGCCAUGUCCGAGCUAUUUCAUCUUUUUUGACGGGCAGAUCAGUCCCGCCUACGAAAUUAUGUUUUUCAUACAGUUUUUUUCCGGAUUUAUAAAAUAUACCAUCACAGUAGCCAUUUGCAGUCUCGCUGCUCUCUUUGCUAUGCAUCUAUGCGCGCAGUUGAAAAUAUUAAUGAUGUUAAUGAACAAUUUGAUAAACGAACCCGAAGAAAAAAAUCUGAAUAAUAGGCUGGCCGCGAUUGUGGAACAUCAGACCAGGAUGCGAAAUUUCUUACAAUUGGUGCAGAAUACUUUGCAAUACACGAGCCUGUUAGAAGUGAUGGGAUGUACAAUGAUCGCAUGCCUUUUAGGACACGAUAUUCUUACGGAGUGGGAAGAUCAAAAUGUUAUAGCUAUGUUUUCAUAUCUCGUUCUAUUGACAUCAAUUGGAUUCAACAUUUUUAUUUUUUGUUUUAUCGGUGAACAACUCUCUGUAGAGGGAGAAAAAUUGGCACUAACAGCGUGUACAUUGGCUUGGUACCGUCUUCCGGAUGCAAAAGCACGGUCACUGAUUUUAGUCAUAGCCAUGUCGAAUAUUCCUACAAAAUUAAAAGCCGGAAAGUUUAUCGAUCUUUCUAUCAAAACAUUCGGUGAUGUCGUUAAAACGGCUGUUACAUACUUAAAUCUUAUUCGAAAAGUAAUGGAAUAACUAAUUUUCAAUAUGUAUAUACGAUUAUAUGUACAAAGA